AUGGCCCAACAACUUCAAAAUCCGUUCGCUCAGGACUACCCAGAGACGAUCGACCAUACGUAUGAGACUACCGCUCAGAGGUGCCGCUUCAACAAUGUUCAAGGACCUUGGGCUGGAAAUCUUCUCGCCACGGGCGGUUCCGAUGGGAUCGUGGAGAUCUGGGAUAUGGAGAUGACGAAUGGAGCCUUGGUCCGAGCUUUCGACGGGCACGUCAAGGCGGUGGAGAGCUUGAGCUGGUCGAGAAACGGGAGAUAUCUGGCUACAUCGUCGAAAGACUGGAAAGUGAAUAUCUGGGACCUCGGCUAUACCUUUUCAAACAUGCCCGACAUCCGGUCGCAACCUGAAGCGGGAUCAUCGAAAACUACCGUCACUACAGCACAUCCAGUCUCUGAGCUACAUUAUAGCUUUAUACUGGAUUGUCCUCUCACCAAUGCCGAGUUUCAUCCGCAAACGUCUCGGGUGCUUCUGGUUACGAGUACGGUCAACGAGGUGGUGCUUGUCAGGCUUCACAACAAGCUGCAAGGAUCAGAAGACGCUCCCUCGAUACCUUCUGAGCAGGAGGAACAAGGGGACGCGUGGAUCUUUCGGGAAAGCACGAACCUGACAUUUGCGACUUUCGAUCCGAGCGGGGAUCGAAUCUAUGCUGGUACGAGGGACGGGAUGCUCUGGAUCUACGACGCCAGAUCGAGGUGGAUCAUCUGGAAACAACAAGUAGCGACCUCGCUCAUCAAGCAGAUCGCCUUUGACCGUACGGGUCGGUACAUGGUUGUCAACUCCAGCGAUCGGGCCGUACGGGUCUUGGCCAUCACUCCUCGGAUGGUAGAUCCUGAUCAACCAGAAGACCCGUUUCCGAUCACCAUACAUCCUCUUCAUAGGUUCCAAGACAAGAUCGGCAAGACGCCUUGGAACAGGGUCGCUUUCAGUGGGGAUGGAGAGUAUGUGAUGGGAGGCGCGGGGAUCAAGACGUCUCAUCACAUUUACGUGUGGGAUCGGUCGACGGGUGUCUUGAUCAAAGUGCUGGAAGGGCCCAAAGACGCUCUUGACGACUGUGAUUGGAGUCCAUCUCGACCGAUGAUCGCAUCCUGUACUUCAGCGGGAGAGAUCAAUAUCUGGCAAACCACGACUAAUGAAGCAUGGAGCGCUUUUGCGCCCGGUUUCGAAGAGCUGGAAGAGAACCGAGAAUACGUCGAGAGGGAAGACGAAUUCGACUUGGAAGACGAAGACGAAGUGACAAGAAGAAAGCAGGCAGAGGAGGACCAAGAGGUAGAUUUCUUCACACCCAGGUUAGGUCUGGGAAUGCUCGACUCGAUAGCUCGAGAAGGGGACUAUUGGCGGACAGAAUGGGCAGACGAAGACAAUGACCCGAGAUUCUGGCCUCAUGAUGAUUUGGCCCAUCCGAACGAUGAGACUGGCCUGGGCGAACACGGAGAUGACGGAUCCAUGUAG